CCUUCCCUGUCUGCGUUGGCAGAGCAGGGCUGCAGCCAUGCAUGUGGACACAGUCUUUUCUGUGUUCUCCCUGAUUUUUGUGGUCUUGUGGAGGGGGGUCCAGGCUGUCUCACCAGUACCCUCAGUCCCUGACCGUGUCCAGGCCCUGGUGGGCUCCUGCGUGGUGAUUCCCUGCUCCUUCACACCUACAGCUCCUCAUCCUCCCAGAGGGAGGAAGGAGAAGGUGGAUGUGCGGCUGAGAUUCAGAGGUGGUGGUCAUUUAUUUCCUCUCCGGAGCACUGCUUUUAACAGUCAGGACAGAGACCAAGUGAGCAGGGAUUUCCUGGGACGAACAUCCCUUUUUGGCCAAAUCGCAAAUGGAGACUGCUCAGUAAAGAUUGAAAGGGUCAGACUGGAUGACCCAAAGGUGUUUGAGGUGGCUCUGAAGAAAGAGGAUGACUUACUCUGGGGGAGGCCAAGCAGCUUUAAUCUUGAUGUUAUUGACACACCUGAGCCUCCCACCAUCAGCGGCAUGUUGUCAGCCACAGAAGGACAGCUGGUCACCCUGAACUGCUCUGUCAGCUUUCACUGCCCCUCCAGGCCUCCUGCCCUGCAGUGGACAUGGGAACGAGGAGCCCAGCUGAACAUUACUGAGCCUGGGGAAGUACAGACACUCUCCCCAGAUUCCAACAGACAGAUGUUACUGGCCUCUGUGUCCUUCACUGUGUCCCACACAGUGAAUCCCAGGCUCAGGUGUGAGGUCAGCUAUCCAGGAGCCAAAACUUUAACCACAGCCAAAGAUCUGCAUGUGUCAUUUUCUCCAAAAGAUGUGAAGAUUCAGGUCCAGACCUUGACUGUGCAGGAUGGGGGUAGUGCCUUGCUGGUGUGCUCAUGCAAAGCUGACCCUCCAGCUUCAGAGUACCGCUGGUCCUACGUUCAACACGGCCGCACUGUCCACCUUCACAACCGACUGCACACAGUGCGAGUGUUUAACGUGACCAGAGACAUGAGGGUCCGCUGCUCAGCUAAGAACCUGAUUGGUCGAGGAGAGUCUCAGCCCACUCUGCUAAACAUUCAGUACAAGCCAGCCAUCCUCCAGCUCUCCUCUUCCUGUGUCGUGGAGGACUCUAAAGUGCUCUGUCACUGUUCAAUCGAAUCCAACCCCAAACCUGCAGUCACCUGGAGUGUUAACGGGACUGUUCCACCUGACGACUACAAUGUUUCUGUCAUAUCAGAACCCAACAUGCUAACGGCCUCCCUGAGGGGGCACAUGGACAAACCUCUCAGGGUGAUCUGCUUCGCUUUCAAUGCACUGGGGAACGACUCCCUUGUUUUGUUGCAUGGGGAAGAAGAAGCGAUGCCAUUGUUGUUGUUGGUUUUACCUGCUGCGGCCAUCUGCCUGGUUAUAUCCCUUUUGUCUCUUCUUGUCUGCUGUUGCAGAAAGAGAGCUAAGAGACACAUCAUGAGCAGACGUCCAGCCAUGUACCCUGAAGGAUUGGGAAUUUAUCAGGAAAGGAUGCCCCUUUACAUUAAUUGCACUGAAGUGACUCAUGUUUACUCCAAUGGCAGCUACCAACUUGUGUACCAAAACUGUACACCUCUGUUUGUCCAUACCGAGCAGAUCCGCCCAAUGGCCCGAAGAGGAGGGGAAAGAAGAAGAGGUGGAGAAGUAGGAGGGAUGAAUAGAAGAGCUGGUGUUGGAGUCAGAGGCACAAGAGAGGUGCAGGUUUCCGAUGCAGCUGAUCCAGAAACGGCCAUCUACCUAGAGAUCCUCUAAGCUUUUAAUCUGUUCUCUACAUUAAAUCUCAUCUAUUAGCUGUCAGUUCUCAGGUUAUUGUUUAUAGUGUACAUCUAAAGGUAUUUCUAAUUAGCAUAUUUUCACUGAUGCACAUAUCGAGCCAUUUCUGUCAGUGACUUCUGGCUUGUGAUCUGCACCAUUUCUGAUUUCUAUUAAAGAUAAAAAAAACAUCCUUAUGUAGUGAUUGAUAUUUCU